AUGCAUCACAUAGCACCCGGGUUUCGUUUUGGGAACUGUUGCUGUCUUUUUUUAAUCAAACAAGUGGGUGAAACAGGUGUUUCAUCAUGCUGGAUCUCCCUUUUGGAGGCUUGCUUUGUGGAGCCCAAGACAUCCAAGACCUUCAAAGUACCACUCUUCACUCAGAACCAGUACGGUGAUAAGAAAGGACCUACCCCUGCCAGAAUGGCUAUGAAUUUCGGUAGCGGCGAGAUCAGCGCUGAGAUUGCUUCCGACCAGAUCAGCAUUGGCCACAUCAAUGCGAACUUGGAGAACGGUUUGCUUCUGAUGUACGAUCACAGCCUGGAGAUCAAAUCACACUUUGAGGGAAUUCUGGGCUUGGGCCGGCCCAAUGCCGAAAUCAAGCCACGCCCCGGUCAACCUGAAGGGGUGAAAAUUCCAGGUUUUUUCGACAGCGCCAAAGUGAGAUAUUUCUCCAUUUGCUUCAAUCACGGGGCAGACGGUGUCUUGGGCAUCCACACUGAUCGUCAUCCAAAGACUUUGACCUCCGUGGGGAGGACUCACUGGGCCAUGGACUUCCAUGGCAUCUCCAUUGGAGAUCAGCCGUUCAAGAUGGGUACCUGCGACCCAGCGCACAAGAGACCGGAGAUGGAGACGGCCUGCAGCAUCAUCCCGGACACAGGCACCACGCUGGUGGUGGGCCCUGAAGCACAGAUCGCCAGCCUCUACGAGGAUUUGUGCAACAACUGGCAGCGAUGCAAGAACACCCACAAGGACUUGGCUGCUGAAAUGGAAAAGCUGACGAGCAAGGGCAUCCGGAUCGAGGGCCCAGCUGGAGCUUUGGACUUGGUCCAGUCCGAUUUCGAUAAGUUCAUGGACUUGGUCUCAGAGGUCAUGGCCCGCAGCUCCCCAGAUGCGCCUUCCUUGGUGGAGCCAGACGUCAUCAACAAAGCCAGGGCAAUUGAAGACAAAGCUAUCCCCUACGUCAUCAGCAAAGCGAGCGUAAGUGGAGAAGGAAACGCCACCGGCGUCACCGGCAAACGCAUUGGCAAACCGAGGGUGAUCCGGGAAGCAAGCGCCAGCAAAGCCGGCAAAAAAGAUCAGAAAGGUCUGCCGAUGACAAAAGAAGAAGGAAAAUUCACGAUUCCUCCGUCAAUGACGCUGCAACUGCUGCUGGAACACUGCGCCUCGUGGAUUGAAAAGGUGGACCUCAAUCAAGAGAUGCCGGAGCUCAAGUUUCACGUGGCCGAUACCAAGGGCAAUAAGGACAUCCUGCAGAUCCCUGCAAGCAGCUACAUCUUCUCGAAAGCCAUUAAUGUCGAGGUUCCAAGCAUUCGCGACGUCUUGGGCUUUCCAUUGAAGAUCAGGACCCCUCAGAAUGAGAAGGUCUGUAUGAUGGGCUUCAGUGCUAUGGAUUACAGCACCGAACUGAAUGGCGAUGUGUGGAUCUUUGGCACGCCUUUGUUCUAUGAGUACACCGUCCACUAUGACCGCGGCCAAGGGAAGCGGGAGGAGAUCAACAUGGGCUUCACCAGUAAGAAGGAGACCGAGUGCGGCCAGUGCCAAGGCGAAAAGAUUGUGCGAUCAUCCUUGCUGGAUGAGAAGGUGAAUACGAACACUCAGGGGGCACUCGGCUCAGAGAUACCUCCAGCUGGCAAACCAGCUGGUUGUUCAUCGUCCGAGCACAACGACGACUUCCUGGAUUCCCUGUUGGGAUUCUAUGCGAACGCCACUGGCAGCGCUGCGGAGGCAGAAGCGAUGGUAGCACGUGGAAGCCACGGCGAAGCGAAUGGUGCCCGUUGGGCCUUCCCGGUUCAACUCUAUGCGGGCGGUGAGAAUGCCUUCCCUGCAAGCAUCGAACAGGAGGUCCUAGUGCCGCCCUUCUGCAAGUAUCACUUCGAGAAGGAUCUUGAGAUGACCACCCUCGAUGAAGCUGAAGAACGGCGGAGGAGGCUUCAGCUCCUGGAGUCGCGUUGGUCCUUGAGCCUUCAGCAGGAGGCCCCACGGCUCAUGCAGCUCUUUGAGAAUGAUGCCUUUGCACAUCAGAAGGGCUUCAUGCUUGUGAAGGAACGUGUGCGUCUGACCAUUCGCUUCAUCAAAGAGAUCGAGCCGGUCUUGCACCUGCGUGACCUGUUGCGCGCGCCCUCCUCGGGAUGUAGCUCCAUGCAACGCUAUCGCUUGCUUCACUUCCCCCUGAGAUGA